GGGGCAGUGUUGUCACCUAGUCAGCUCUGCUGAACCACUGCAGCGCCGCAGAAGAAGCAGUUCCGUUACUGACCGUGAGACCAUGGCGGCCGCAUUGAGGGGAAGCUUGGUAACAUUGGUCAAGAGCCUGAGUGGCCCCCGGUGGCAGCAGCUGGCCUCUCGACCUCUGAGUUUAUCAGCUGGUCUCUGUGGUCCAGAAGCCCCACCUGCCCGUGCAGAUGCUACCUUCAAGGUUACUAUGGUACCGGGGGAUGGAGUGGGACCCGAGCUGAUGACUGCUGUCAAGGAUGUAUUCAAGGCAGGAGAUGUCCCUGUGGAGUUUGAGGAGUUCCACCUGAGCGAGGUGCAGAACAUGGCCAGUGAGGAGAAACUGGACCAAGUGCUGAAUUCUAUGAGGACCACCAAAGUGGCUAUGAAAGGAAAGAUUCACACGCCCAUGGAGUUCAAAGGGGAACUGGCUUCAUAUGAGAUGAGACUGAGGCGUAAACUGGACCUGUUUGCUAACGUGGUUCAUGUGAACAGCCUGCCGGGCUACAGCACUCGCCACAACAAUCUGGACCUGGUCAUCAUCCGUGAACAAACCGAGGGGGAGUACAGCUCACUGGAGCAUGAGAGUGUGACUGGUGUGAUCGAAUGUUUGAAGAUCAUCACCAGAAAGAAGUCACGGCGCAUCGCCAAGUUCGCCUUUGAUUACGCCACUAAGAAAGGGCGCAACAAGGUCACUGCUGUUCACAAAGCCAACAUCAUGAAAUUGGGUGAUGGGCUGUUUCUGCAGAGCUGUGCGGAGGUGGCACAACUGUACCCCAAAAUCAAAUAUGAGAACAUAAUCAUUGAUAACUGUUGCAUGCAGUUGGUCCAGAACCCAUACCAGUUUGAUGUGCUGGUGAUGCCAAACCUGUACGGUAACAUUAUCGACAACCUGGCAGCAGGGCUGGUUGGAGGAGCAGGAGUCGUUCCUGGGGAGAGCUACAGUGCAGAGUAUGCUGUGUUUGAGACUGGUGCACGCCACCCCUUUGCACAAGCUGUAGGAAGGAAUAUCGCCAACCCCACAGCCAUGCUGCUCAGUUCUGCUAACAUGCUCAGGCACCUCAACCUAGAAUAUCACUCCCAAAUGGUGUCAGAUGCUGUCAAGAAGGUCAUCAAACAGGGCAAGGUACGGACACGAGACCUUGGCGGGUAUUCUACCACUGGCGAUAUUGUGCGUGCCGUUGUGGAAAACCUGCGUCACAGACCAGUUUACUAAGAUGUUUUGUCUCGUUCUUCGCUGACUUUUCCUUAAAUCCGGACGUUGUCUUAACAUGAACUGAACUCAUGUUAAGACUCACCUCCCCUCUCACUGCCCAAUAACUGUCCUGUCAAACACCAUCAGUUAUGUGUAUGUUUGUAUUGGGUUUGUUGAUAGAUCCAGUGUAAUCACAUGACCUUGUGUUACUUUAUUAAACUUGUGCAGCUCGGGCUUCGUCUUAAGGAUUUAUGUCAAACACCCUGAUCCUCUGUCGCCCCUUUCCAUGAACACAUAGUUAGUGACCAUCAUGUUGCAACUUUUUCAUUUUUAAAUAUUUUCAUGGCUGAGGAAGCGCUAUAUCCAUCUAUUUAUAUGUGAUUUUGCUUGAUUGUCAAAAUGUUUCAGCCUUAUCGGCCAGAUAGACUACCUCUCUGCUGUCUCACAUUAAAACUCAGCUGUGGAAAAACACACCAUCUUUGUCAACAGUUUAUACAUUAUAUCGAUCAUCUAGUCCUUCCUCACAAGUCACCAACAACUGACUUCACAUUUGAAUUCGUUAUAUUUCCUCUUUACUCUGAACAAUCUGAAGUUGGUGAUAGUGAUAUAAACUGAUAAAAACCCAUAUGUUGUUUAUGAAUCACAGAGGCAAACCUGCCCUCAUGCUUAGUGCUUGUUUCUUGCUCUGACACUAAUACAACAGGAAGUAUGUCAACAUUUUAACAUGAAACUGCAACAAGCAAAUGUUGAGAAAACCAAUAAUAUUUAGACUCAACAUUCACAGAAUUUACAAAUAUUGCUCCAUUUAUUGUGAAAUCAUUUUCAUGUAUGAUAAUAAUAAGUGUUAAUAAUUCUACACUUUCAUAGCCACAGAAAAUAUAAUGUUACACAGGCUCCAAGAAACUACACAAGCUGAAUUAUAAACUGGUACAUUUUCUGUUUGUGUAAAUGGAUAAAACCACCAUUGUUUCAAUUAAAACAAUAUGAACAGCUUUUGUCCUAAUAUGGUGCUGCUCAUUCUCACAGAUACUGUAAGACAUUAAAACACUGCUCUCUCA